CCUAGUUGAAGGUCUCUACUUCUGAUUUUUUUGUUAUCAGAUUAUGGAUGAAAUAAUGGAAACACCAUCUAUGGCCAAAGAACUAGAAGCAGCAAAGCGGGUAUUAUCUUCCCUUAAAGAAGAAGGCUUCAAAUGCAUGGCUUCCCUAGACGAUAUAAGAGGUGAGUUAAAGCAUGUCUCCUAUGAGAAAGCUCUGUCAAAGAAGAAACAACAGAAGUCUGACUUAAUCAUCCAGAAACUCAACUCCAAGCUUCUACAAGCAAACGCCAAGCUGGAAGCCACAUCUUUAAAUCAAGAAAAAGUCAACUCCCUCUCCUCAAAUCUUUCCCUCACUCUUGAGCAGGCAGAGGAAGCAGCCGGGACUGCCCAGAAAGAAAGCUGGACUGCCAUGGAAGAAACUGCCAAGAUUAAAGAAGAAAUCAAGGAAAUGGAUUUGGAGACAAGUCUGGCUAAGGAGAAGCUACAGGCUGCUGUGAAAGAGCUUAAGAAGGUGAAGUCAUCAGAAGGGAGUGCACUGGAGAAUCUAAGAGCAGUUGUGGGAAAGACAGUGAUGGAAAGAGCUUCCAUGAAAAGCUCCAAGGUGGUAAUCUCGAGAUUUGAAUUUGAAUACUUGAUGGGGAAUGCGGCUAUGGCAGAAGAGAUUGCAGACAAGAAAGUUGCAGCAGCUGAAGCUUGGGUCAGAGCUUUGAAAGAAAGCGAGAAGGAAAUCUUGAUGAGAACUGAAAUGCUGGAGAGGGAGGCCAGAGAGCUUAAGGCAGAUUAUAGGCUUCUUUUAGAGAAAAGACUUCAUGCCAAGAAAAUCAACACUUAGAUAUCAGCUUUUUCCUGGGAUAUUGAGGAUACUUGCUAGGGGUUGCCAUGUUUUUUGACUGGAAAGAGUUCUAGCUUGGGAGGUAAAAUGGCUUAUGAGUUAUGAGGCCAUCUCCAACAGUUAACACCAUUUUUUACACUAAAAUGGUGUAAACAUCACAUCAAACAGUAUUUUAUCUCCAACAGUUUACACUAUUUUCAUCACCAAAAAGGAAUAUUCUCUUUUUAUUCUUUUUACUAACUUUUUACCAUUCUUCUAUUUAAGUAUCUAACUAUCAUAUAUUUAUACAUUAGCCCCUCAUUUAAUUGUAAUGGGGUUAUUAAUUGUAAUUUUAAUUAUGCUAUUUCUUUAAGUACCAUUUGUA